UACAGUUUGUCGUUAGCCAUCGCCGUGCAAAGUUCGUGAAACGUUCCGCGUAGUGAAAAGUGAAAAUUUAUUGGAAAAUUUGUCCCAAUUCGAAGUGAAAAUUGUGCAAAAACGUACCCAAAGCUAUAGCCAUCGAGCUCUGUAAUUAAAGUUUUCCAAAAAUGGCUCAAUCAAUCGCUACUACUGGGGGCGAUAGCGGAGAUUUAGAUGAGAACCUGUUCAUAAACCCGUCCGACGGCCUUCCGAACGAGCACCCGGCUUUGCCCAGUGCCUAUGACUCGGACAACGAAUCCAAUCCAGUGGAUGAUGAUCUGCUGGAAGACUUGCCGACGUCAAUUAUCGUAACCAACAUCCACUCGGAGGUGUUUACCAGUGACGAGUUGAAGGCUCGUAUGGAAGAACUGUUUAAAACCUUCUCGGAGAACACCACCUUCCAGUGGCUGAAAAGUUUCCGACGGCUACGGGUGAACUACGAUACCGCCAUUGCCGCAGCGAACGCACGCAUUCAGCUGCAUCAGUAUCCCUUCGGAAAUUCCAUUAUAACCUGCUACCUUGCCCAACCGGUGACACCGGUUUCUAACACCAAUCUCAAACCUCCGGCACCGGUCAAACAGUUCCUCAUAUCUCCGCCUGCAUCCCCUCCGGCUGGAUGGGAACCGGCAGAAGAAAAUGAACCCCUGGUUAAUCACGACCUAUUGGCGGCGUUGGCCAGUCUGACGCCGGGAGAAAUUCACGAAAUCCACGCCCAAUCCGAAAGUCAUCCCGGCAUUGUGCUACACACGGCCCAUGGAGGUGCGGUGGAUGACGAUCUGAACAAUCGGUCGUCCGGUGGAAGCAGCUUCGACGAGGAUGACGAUAACAGUGGCGGCUGUUCGCGAAAAGGCCGAAUCGUGCAAACUCGUUGCCCGGAGCGGCAGAAUUCCACCUAAAGCGGCAUCGCGGGUUGACCUCGAUACAGUUUUUCUUAGAUAAUAAUUGUGAUUUUAAUAAUGAAACUCUUUAUGUUCGUUGUUAUUCUUUUGUAUGUUUAGUGCCGCUUGAAAAAAGCGCAUAAGCAAUUUGUUUUUGUUGGUGCAGCUGCUAACUGAAAUGCGUAUAAACAUAGUUCUACUAGUUAUUUCGGUCAACAUCGUCUUUCAGUGAGAGUCGUAUUUUAUGUAAAUAGUAAAGAAUGGGUGAAUCAUUGUAAAUAUACACGAUUGUUUUAACAGAAUCUCCAUUCAUUUUUUAGCAUAAAUGCUUUGAAUAACAAUUUUAGUUUAAUCAAUAGGUUUAAAGUCUGUUAGCUUCCAAAUUUGUCAAAAUCGUUGUAGGUGAAAUUUUGCGUUCGAUGCUGAGUAUCAAGUUUGGCUAUGAAAUACCUUAAUCGAUCUAAUCAAUAAAUUUGUUAGACACCAGAGUUUAGAUUCCAUAAAACUUAGGACUGCAGAGUGUGAAUGAGUGGGUGUUGGUCGCUAAGCUACACCAUCAAAAUAGUAUGACUGAUGGCUUUCGUAUAGCUUUAAUCACUGUUAUUGCUAUUCUUUUGAACAUACCAAUUACCAAGACAAUAUCAAAACUGCAAACUUCCGAAGGUAUAAGCUGUCUUGAUAGUAUUGUUCUUUGAAAAAUGAGUGGAGCCACAAACAGUCGAAUUUGAUUCAAAAUUCUCGUUUCUCUUUGUUGUACUUAUACUCACCUCUGAAGGAAGCAUAAAAAUAUCAUGCAUGAUUAGAAUGAACACAUAUAACAGUAGAUUCCGAGAAAUCAAAAUUAGGAAAACUGAGUCAAAUUGAUUAACGACUGUAUGUUCCGCUCGAUGGACAGUGUUUUUUGUGCGUCCUUUGUUCGGAAUGAUUUGGAGCUGGGAGCGCGAUUUUGAUUUGUAUGCUACUUUGACCAAUGACAAAAAGCAAAUCAGCUGAAGUCUAGAGUUGUUUCCAAGCCUUUGUACAGAGAACAAUAAAUAUUAAUUAAAUUGGAUUGCGCACGAAUCCAGAUUACCAUUUGACUAGCCACCUCGCUAUUUUGGAGGCAUCAAGUUCAGUUUAUAUGAUAGCUAGGCUGUUUUGCCAAAAACGUUAAUAUAAAUCUAGGAAAAUGAGAAAAACACUGACGACUAGAUUCACUAAUUAAGCCAAAUCAAUUUAUACGAAGUGGUAGAUUUUUCCGAAUCUAAUUUAAAAUAUGUUUGCUCAAAAAUAACAAAAUAGUGGACAUUGGAACUCGAUGUUCGGCUACCAACACCCACCGAGGAAGCAGCUUGUUGAAAUACAUAGAUCGUAUCCAUUAAUCUGCCUAGUAUAAUUUUUCACAUCUGAAACUUAAUCCGGCUGGUUGGUUGGUUGGCUGAAACUUAUCAUUUAUGUAAUCGAGAAAUAAAUAAAGUAAAACAAAGUGAGACUCGGUAGUUGUGAAAGGAAUCUCGUGUAGAGCCAUUGGGUAAGCUUUAGAAAUGAAGGAAACAAAAACUUUAUAGUUGAUGCAUUCAAUCGGAUGAAACUGAAUUAAAUAAGUCAUAAUGUAGGAAUCGCAUUAAGUAGAGAAGCGAACAUAGCCGUAGGAAAAGAAAGUGAAAGCAAAGCGGCAAUAAUAAGAAACACUAGAUGUGAAAUCCUAAAUGAAGUUGUAACAUGCGAAAUGCAAGAAGACUAUUUUUAGAUGAAAAUCAAUACAGUGUAAAACAGAGAAGAAUCGAUCAGAUUUAAUUUAUUGAAAGAUAUAUACUGUGUACUUGUCAAUAAAGUUUGAAUAGAUUCAGA